AUGGCGGUGGCCGAAGUGAUUCUCGGCCUUUUCAUGCUCAUCCUAUCAAUAGUGACUGUCGUCGGCAAUUUAGCCGUCCUCCUCUCCUACUAUCUCGACAAAAAUAUUCGACAACCCACUAAUUAUUUCAUUUUUUCGCUCGCCAUCUCGGAUUUGGUGAGUUCAGGGGCAGCCGCAAUUUAUGGUGGUAACUCGAGAAGUUGUGAAAAAAUUUGAAAGAAAUUCGAGAACUUUUUUUGAUGAUGGAGAGAAAAAUUGUGAAGAGGCUAUUGGAAAUUAGAGGCGCGUAGCUGGGGGUGAAAUAAACUUGGCACAUUUUAUAGUAUGAUGUUUGUAAGGUACAAGAAGAGUAGGCGAGAGAUGAAGAGGGUUUAGUGAAAAAUAACUUGGGAUUUUUUAUGUAAACAUUAAUGAUCGGGUUCGGAAUUUUUAUUAGGAAAUUCGAGAAUUUGAGAAAAAUGAUCCAAAUUUUUUGGAAUUUUUCGAGAUUCCAGGGUUUUCAGGAGUUGAGCUAAAUUGUAAAAGGUUUUCUAAGCUUCAAUUUGAUAUCGAAAAACAUUUUGAUUCCUGAAGGUCUCUGAAGUUCUUUUUUUCAUUCCGUAUCUAAUUUGAGUUAGGCUAAGUUCCUAAUAACUUCGGAAUGUUUUCUGGAAUUUUGUCACCCUUAAGGUCUCACAGUCAUUCACUGCGUUUGCCAGAAACUUCGAGAACCUUUUCCCAAAGUAUCGAAUUGCACAGUACUAGGUUUUGAUCUAUUAUCAAAGUAAAAAAAUUGGCAAAAAUAGAGAGGCCCAAGUACGGUAUUCCUCUGCGUCACUAACACUGUUUCGAGACCACCCCAUUGGGCAGAGAAACAAAGUCAUAUGGGUCUCGCAGCGACUGGCAGAAACACCGUACUUGGGAAGAAUGACAUUUGAAUUUCCAGGCUCCGUUUUUUUUUUGAAAAUUUUUUUUUCACUUUCAUAAUACCAGAAAGUUUUUUCCUCAAUCUGCACUAUUCUUCCAACCAAAAAAUAUGAAAAAUGAGCUCGUUCGGUUCAGCCAAAAAAGUCCGGGGAUGCGCAAGCAUUGUGUUGAUUCUUGUCGUGUUUUUUCUCUGUGUUGCGUGAAUUCCCCUUGAGACUCGACGAAAAGUGGUGACGACGAUGUCUUGCCAUCUUGACGAGAAACGCAAAACUCUUUUUUUUCCCCGUCUUUUUUUUGACCAUAAUCGUGUAUGUCAGAAGGAGAGGGGCGCUCUAACCUAAUUUUGGCAAAGGAAGAUUUUAUUUUUGGCUUCUUCCUCUGAUGAUGUGCGUAUGCAACAAGAAAACUUGAUGAGGGGGGGGGUGCAAAAAGGUCACCUCAACCACGAGUUCACCUAUCUGAUUUAGCCUAUGUCGAAAACCUGCGUAGACUUCUUCUAAUCCAAUUUAUUUGCCCCUUUUGUUCGGUCAGUUAGAUGUGUGAACUCUUUCGAUUUGAUCCCCUGAGAUCUUUUGAUGGAUUCUAUUCAUGAGAAAAAAAUAGGUUUUGAAACAAAAAAUAAACAACCCGCGCACAGAAAUCACAUAAUUCAUCGUUGUUUUUUGGUGGGGCGGUUCUAAAUAAGAUGACAAAACUGCUCAUUUAAAAUGUAUUCUCAACCAAGUCGUUGUGUAGUAGUAGUAGUCAUCGUAUUAUUUUGUUGUUUUUUGUUGUUGAGACAAAUACAAGGGGCGAUAAAAUAAUAGAGGAUUGGUCAAUGUUGAAGUGAAAUCAAAAAAUUCCGAAACAAUAUGUGCACGGUAAAAAAAACAGAAGCGCAUGUUCGAGUGGUUAACAUGCUUGUCUUUAAUUUUCUAGGUCACGAGUUCGAUCCCGCUCCGAGGCAAACUUUGUUUUUCGUGAAACGUGAAAACGUGAAAGAUUUUUGCAGGGAAAUUUUGAAAUACAAAAAUUUGGAUCAGAUUAAAAAACUACAGUACCCUGAAAAAUUUGGCUAACCCUCAAAGUUCUAAGAUUUUUGCAGAGACCGAAUUACUGUAGCUUCAAAUUUUGGGGCAAAAAAAGUUCCAAAAAAUUUGUUUCAGAAUUUUUCACCCACGUUGUAAAUCUGUAGAUAGAUCAAAAAAUCCUCACUCGCACAUUUUUCUUUUUUUCACGCACCUUCUAACUUUCCGCUUCCAUUAACCCCACAUAAUGUAGAAAACGCGCUCUAUCGCACAACCUCACUUCUCCACAAAAAUUCAAAAAAUAUUCUCCAUUUCACUCGCACAUUUUUCAUUUUUUUCCACGUGUGUUUUCUUCCCCUUCAAUCAAAUCACAAGGGCCCCCGCCAGAAUUCAAUUUUCCCUUUUUUUUCCUUCGCCAAAACCAAAACCAAUUUGUGUUCCGGUCGAGACCUUGUCCGUCAGAAGUACACGUAAUUGUUUUGAAUUUGGAGUUGAUUGAAAAAAAUAGCAGGCGACGCAACCGCAUCGCAUCGCAAUUUUUUUUUGUGAUCUACACACUUGCAAAAACUUGUCAAUCUCCUCAAGUUGACGUAUUUAUUUAUUUACUUACUUGUCUCCAAAUAUUUUUUGCUUGCUGAAAAUUUGUCUGAAAUUCAAUUUAAGACGAGAAGCGAGGAGAAACUGACAAACUAGUCCAUUAUUAUUGUUGUUAUUGUUGCCGCGGAAGUCGCGAAAAAAAACAUGUUUUUUUCGCGCGCGUAGCCGAGGGGAGAGGAAGGAAGGAAUUUCGGGGGGGGGGGGCACUUUGACGCCGUGAAUUUUCCACGUCACUUAUAUAGGAAGUUGGCAAAAGUUCAGUAAACUUGGAAAAAAAAUGUUUGCGGGCAAUAGGAUUCGAACCCUGGUCUCAUUGACGGCAGGCAAAAGUGUUACCAUCUUGGACGUAUCUCUCUUUUCUCACGGAGGGAAAAUGUUGGUGGAGAGGAAAGUGAUUUUUUUCGAAACAAAAAAUACAGCGGGGUUGGGAUUUAGAAUUUUUUCUGAAAAUGAAAAUUUUAAGCUUAGGUUCAGAAGUUCACCUCAGAAUUUUUGUCAAAAAAAAAUCGGACCUGACUUUCGAAAUCCUACAAAGCUCCUAGUAUUAAUCCUCAUUGAUAUUUCGAUUUUUAAAGUUGUCAAAUAUUGAUCCUACAUACCUCCUAAUUGAAGACAAAAAGUGUAUCUAUAGCCUAGAUAUGUUUGUGUUGUUUUUCUCCUCUUCCUUUUCUCAAUAUGUAUAAAUAUAUCAGACAUGGCACUUGAGAGGAAGAAGAAGAAGAAGAAGAAGUUUUGAAGAACCCGUUUGAUGUUUUUUUUCUUGCCUGCGCGCGCCUUUCCUCAAUUGAGUUGUGAGCAUCAGUUUGAGCAAAGUAGGGGCGAAUUUUCCUGCUUGUUGUUUUUUUUUCGGGUGUGUGUAAGAAGAGAGUAGAAGAAACUCGCCGGGGACAUAACAAAUGAAAUAUGCGCGUAGAAAAGAAAGAACGAAGACAAAAACGAAAACGAAGCCUAUUUAGGAAAGAGAAAAGGCGCAAGGCAAUAGAUAAACGAGAAAGGAAAAAGGAGAGGAAAAUUGAAAAUAUCUAAGUAUGAAAACAAAACUGAUUGAAGGCCCCCCUUCGAAUGGGGGGAGGGCGGGGGGGGGGUCAUUCAGAAAAAAAAUAGGGAAAUAAUUUUGUAAAAUUUAGAAUUUGCGGAUAAUUUUCAAAAUUAUUUUAACUUUCCAAAGAAUACUGUAAUUUUUUUCAUUUCCUGUGUUUACCGAAAUUCAAAAACUCGCAGAAAAAAAAAAUUCAAACUGUCUGAAAAGCGCGGGAACCACACACAUACACCGCGACGCACAAAUGCACACAACAAACAUUUGCUGCCUACAGUACUCCUGGUAAUUUUGAAUUCUAAGUCUCUGAAGUCUAGAUCCAACUAGAGUCUAGCCUCAAAAAACAUUUGGAAAAGUUUUUGAAAAUAUUUUUGUUUAAGAUUUUUCAGUCUGUCCGACUUCAAAAUUCAGAAUCUCAAAAUCAGGUUUCAGAAUCUGAAAUGUGUUCCAGAAAUUCUAUGAAAUCUUGAAUCUUGCCUAACCUUACAGUACUCAAUUUUACCACGUCAUACCUAAAGAGCUUUUUUUUUAAAUAAAAUCCCCAAAAAAUAGAUGUAUUAGUCUCUCGUGAAUAAUUUGAUUUCUUUCCAAACAAAACUCGUGAAAAAUCAAAAACCUCUAAAUUUCUUUUUUUCCUUCCCUCCCAAAACAAAUCUACACCAAUUCCUCAACGUAUUCCCAUUGAACCAAUUCAUCAUCUCCCAUUUUUAGCCGUUCGAAACAUUCCACUUUUUUUCGCGCGCGCACCAGAAGCAGGAGCCACCAAAAAAUUGUGGCUUGGCUUAAAGUCUCAACUCGGCCAUUUUCUUUCUCUUCCUUAUGAUUUUUGGCACCUUCUUGGGCUAUUUUCAAGAAAGGGGAAAAGAUAAUUGGUAGAAAAAAUGAAAAAAAAGGAAAACGAGGGGGGAACAAAAUUGAAAAAAAGUAAAAAAUUUACAGCUGAUCGGCCUGGAAGGAAUUCCCGUCUACACGGCAUUUUAUCUGAAUAAAAUGACAUGGAAAUGGGGAAAUCAUUUGUGCGAUUUGUGGCUCUCGUUAGAUUAUAUUGUGUGUUUAGCGUCAAUUUAUACAGUACUCGGGAUUACUGUGGAUAGGUAUUAUUCGGUCAAAAAACCGGCAUUGUAUAGGAAUUGGCGAACACCGACGCGGGUUAUUUUGAUUAUUAUCUUCAUUUGGCUGGUGAGUUUUUGAUUUCAAGAUUUUUUCUGGUAUGGGAAAUCAGAACCACCCCGCGAAAAAAAUAAAUUUGAAUUUCCCGUUAUGCCCCGCGACGCGUGUGCGUUGCGGUCGGUAUACAAAAACCCUGUUGGCUGUUUGCCAGCGCGCUCUCUCGAUGUCUGAGCAAAUUCAAAUUUAUUUUUCGCGGGUCACUUCACAACGUCACAACGUAAUACUUCACAACGUUUUAACUCUGAAUAAAAAUGAAAUAGGUGAGAGUAAGACAGUUAAUGGAGACGCAGACAAAAAAGCGGCAAGAGAGUGUGUCACGUGAAUAGUCGCAGACGUUAAAAAUAAAUAAAAACGUGAAACCUCAGUCGCGUGCGGCUUUCCCGACCGCGACGCACAGCCGCACGCGACUGACGAAAUAAAAAAUAUAUUUUAAUUUUCCAGAUACCGGCCAUCCUAUUUUCCUUGUCAAUUUGGGGUUAUGACGCAUUUACGGGUAAACGAUUACUGAAAGAAGAAGAAUGUUUUGUGCAAUUUAUGACAGAUCCAUAUUUAAAUAUGGGAAUGUAUAUCUCUUAUUAUUGGACAACACUUUUUGUAAUGUUAUAUUUAUAUUGGGGAAUUUAUCGAGCUGCAAAGACUUUGGCGUUGAAAAGUGAUCAGGUGGGAUGAUCAGAAAUCUUUGAAACAUAUCAUUUUUCUAGAAAACCAAGCGAUUGGCUUUGUUGACUGAAAUGCGUCGACCUGAAGUGAGUGUUCGAACAAGCGACGCAAAUAACAGCAGUUCCGAUUCACCGAAUGACACAUCAAAUAGUCGAGAGUAAGCAUUAUUCUUCAAAUAACAAAAAUAAUCGAAUGCACUUGAAGAUUCAGAAGUGCACCAAUUUUUUUGAGGGCGAACAUUUUCAGAAAUAAAAAACAAAUGAGGGGCCAUAGAACAAAGAUUUUUGCAGAUGUCUACCAAAUAAAACUGCACCUCCUACAACAACAAUUCAGACGAGUGUAACAUCGGUUGGAACACCGCCACAAUUUAGGAAUCAUAUGACUUUGCAUAAUAAUAAUAUUGAUCAUACGAAAGAGAUUGCACAUCAGCAGCAGUUACAGCAGCAUUAUAGGUUUGUAGAUUGAUUUUUUUUAUUUUUACCGGGGUGACUCUCGGACAGGGGUGGGGAACCUGACCUCAUGUUGGCUUUGGGUGGUAUAACAUAAGCCAGGACAGGUUCCCGUGCCUAACCUGGCUACCUGUCCUGGCCUCAUGUUGGCUUUCGGUGGUAAGACAUAAGCCAGGACAGGUUCCGCUGCCUAACCUGGCUACCUGUCCUGGCCCGGCCAGGUUGUAUGGCUUUGGUUCAGGUCAGGUUACAAGCACCGGACAGCAUGAGGCCAGGACAGGUUCCCGUGCCUAACCUGGCUACCUGUCCUGACCUCAUGUUGGCUUUGGGUGGUAAGACAUAAGCCAGGACAGGUUCCCAUAGCUACCUGUCCUGGCCCGGCCAGGUUGUAUGGGGCCAUGUUCAAGCCAUGUAAGAGCCAGGACAGGUUUAGGCCAGGUUACAAGGACCGGACAGCAGGACAAUUUCCCCACGUCUGCUCUUGGACAAUAUCAAUUUUUUUUUGAAAAUAAACAACAUGUCCGAAAUCAGCAUUUUCCAGCAAUCCAAGUUUCGACGAUUUCGAUCGAUUAAGUAACAACAACAAUUUUGGAUUUGGCCAUCAAGAACCAUCUUCAGUAAUCGAAAGAGAAUCAACAGCUCCAUGUUGUUCGCCAGAACCAUCAAAUGCAUCACACGAGGAAGAAGAAUUGAAAAGUAUUUUUGAAAUUAGGCCACAUCCACAUUUUAGGUCGGUUUAGUUUAGAAAAUUGGGUCUAUGUUUUUUUUCCAAAACCUUUAAUUCUAGACCCGAAGUAUCUCUUCCCUUCAUCGAUGCUGAUAGUGUUUCCUCCAUGGUUGGACACGAUGAUUUGAGAAGAGCAAUGUCGAUAAAGAUACCGAAUUCUACAACUUAUGAUAGUAUGAGUGAUAGGAAUCAACAUCAUGUUACGAUUGUUGCGCAAGAUGAUCAGCAGGUGAAUUUUGAGAGGGCCCCUAAGCAGGGGGGGGAGGUUGGGGAAAAAAAAUUGAAAAUGAGUUCUGUUUCAGCCGUCGACAUCAAAGGAAUCGGAUCAGAAAGAUGAAUAUUUGGAACAUGAUCAUAAUGUUAAUGAGGUUAAUGUGCGUUUUUAAGAAAAAAAAAUAUAUUGGGGUGGGGAAAAUUGAUUCUGGAAUUUGUGAGAUCUGAAAAUAUUGUUCUGACUGCAAUUUUUUAACUUGAGAUUCUGCAAAAUUCGAUUUUGAAUUUCGAAUUUUCAAUCUUGAAUCUAGUUUUCAACCAUCAAAACUUGCAGGUACCAUUGAUAGAAGUGUCUCGAGUGGAAAGUGUGAAAAGCACGUCAGCCGGUUCGAAAGUUCGUCAAAUCCUAACAGCAAUGCGAAGUCGAUCAGUUCGCUCGAAAAAAUCGGACAAUCGAAACGGUGGCGGAAAAGUUGGAGCGAAAAAAGUGAGCCGAUGGGAGUGUGUAAGAGUUGGCGGCGGUGCCGAGAAUUCAUCGGAAGAAGGUGGUGGCGGCUCGUCAUCAGCCACACUUCUUUCCUCUUCCACCACUCAACAACAGCCAGCCGAAACAAUCACCAUUUUACUACAAUUUCAGACGGUUUUAUCGGCGUUCAACUUUUUUCAACGCAAAAAGGUUAGGGCUUGGUAGAAGAGCCGCGCAAUAUUUUAUUUUUUCUCGAAAAAAAUUUUUUUUUUCUCAAUCCGGGCAUGACAAUUUUUUCGACCCACUUCUCAUGCCUGCAUGUUUUUUUUCAGAAAUUUCAUUUUAUUUCCCAAGUUCCCAAAUUUAAAUUAAAAAAAAAUACUAGCUUUUGACUUCUUUUUGAAGUGGUUUGUCUCGCCUAAAAUUUUUGUUGCGUCGCGGCAACGCGACGCGUUUUUUGAUCUUUCAGUUGUCCGUUGAUUCCGUCCGAAAAUCUGUGUUUUUUGGUGAUUUCAUUUCGGUUUGUGCAUUUUUUUUUGUGUUCCCGCCCCACUUCUUUUGUGUUACUUUUUUUUGGGAAUCUUACGGGAAUCAUGAUGAUUUUUGAAAUUUCAGGAAUAUAAAUCCCGCUCAGAAAAUCGUGCUCGAAAAGCUCUUCGAACAAUCACAUUCAUUCUCGGCUCUUUCAUCAUUCUCUGGACACCAUUCUAUGUUUUGGCAACGAUUUAUGGUUUUUGUGAUUCGUGCAAAAAAUCGUCCUCAUUCAACACUCUCUACACAAUUUCGUACUAUCUUUGUUAUAUGAAUUCACCGUUGAAUCCGUUUUGUUAUGCGAUGGCGAAUCAACAAUUCAAGAAAACGUUGACAAGGAUUUUUAAGGGAGAUUUUAGAAGAGUUUAG